UUCAAUAGUCCGUAGCUAGUGGACUGGCGAAGGCCAAGGUCUUGAAGUCUCGUACCAUCCAAAACAUUGCCGUUGUUAUUUUAACUCCAAUUUUAUUUUCGUAUCUCCGUUGACGUACACGUCGUUAUUCGAUACAAUAUCGGUCCAGUGUUGUUUACUCGUUAAUUUAUUACUUUUUAACGAAAAUACAGUGCGUUUUUUGCGCGUCCGCCACCGCGGAAGACAAGCUAUCGAUAAAACACAAGCAAAAUCAACUUGCCCUCGGAUUUUUCAAUUCCAAAUGGGCAUGACCCAAAAGAACACGGCGUUUUACGCUUGCGCCAUAAUGAUGGCCGCAAUGGCGUCGACAGCGAUGACAGCCACGUCCCUUCAAGACUGCGAAGCUGACAUGAUCGGAUUCGAGCUGGUCACAGGAUACGUUUUCACGGCACCGGAUCAUCUAUUGGACAACAUACCCGGCACACUGAUGUUGACCGACUGUCUGGAAGCGUGUCAGGCCAACGACACGUGCUAUUCGGUCAACUACGAAACGGGACUUUGCGUGAUGUUCUCGUCCAACGCCGAUGCGUUUCCGGGCGCGUUGAGCAAAUCGCAGUUUCCCGUGUUUACGAUAUACGCACAGAAAACUUGCUUGGGUAUAAAACCAUGUGAAAGAGCGUGGUGCUUCGACCGCGUGCAAGGAUACAAACUCAAAGGAUUCGGCAAAAAGAAGUUGCCUGCCACAACACGACAGGACUGUUUAGAAUUAUGUCUAGGAGAAAGAGAGUUCUCUUGUCGAUCGGCCAAUUACUAUAACAGUACGGGCGAAUGCGAACUUUCGGACAUGGAUAGGAUGACCGUUGCUGGACAAGGACAAUUCGAACCGACCACCUCUGUGGAUUACUUAGAAAACAACUGCGUAGACGAACCCAUAAAACUGUGUGAAUUUAAAAAGUUCCCAGGUCGCAUUCUUAAAACCGUAGACUCUGUUUACCAAGAAGUUAAUUCGUUGGAAGACUGUAGGGAGCUUUGUCUUAACUCGCCCUAUAGGUGCCAUUCCUACGAUUACGGCGAUACGGGAGAACUUGUGUGCAGGCUCAGUCACCACUCCAGAGCAACUCUGGCUGAUAUUCAGGACCCAUACUUGGAGGUUCCAGAAGCUUCGACAUACGAAUUGCACUCAUGUUACAACAUUAGCAUCGAGUGUAGAUCAGGAGACAUGGUUGCCAAGAUAAAGACUAGCAAACUGUUCAAUGGUAAGAUCUACGCUAAAGGUAACCCGAACUCUUGUGUUCAAGACGUUAAAGGAAGUCUGGAAUUCGAAUUGGAAAUGGCGUACGAUGACGUUGAGUGCAAUGUUAAACAACAGGGUCUAGGAAGAUACAUGAACGACGUUAUCAUCCAACAUCACGACACAAUCAUAACCAGUUCUGAUCUGGGGGUAGCAAUCACAUGCCAAUACGAUCUAACAAACAAGACUGUAUCCAACGAAGUAGACUUGGGAAUACAAGGUGAUCUUAAACCAUCAAUGACUGAAGAGGUAAUCGUCGAUUCACCAAACGUGGCUAUGAAGAUCACAGACAGGCAAGGCGCUGAUGUUAAGCCGUCGGCCGAAGUGGGCGACCCAUUGGCUUUACGAUUCGAAAUUUUGGACGCCAACAGCCCUUACGAAAUAUUUGUCAGAGAACUGGUAGCUAUGGACGGUGUGGACUCCAGCGAAAUCGUACUAAUAGAUGCCGACGGAUGUCCCACGGAUCACUUUAUCAUGGGCCCACUGUACAAGUCGUCAGACACCGGAAGUGGAAAGAUUCUCCUAUCGUACUUCGAUGCGUUCAAAUUCCCGUCCUCUGAGGUAGUUCAAUUCAGAGCCCUAGUCACGCCAUGUAUGCCCACUUGUGAACCAGUACAAUGCGACCAAGAAGACGCGUCGGGAGAACUCCGAUCGGUACACUCUUUUGGUAAACGCCGACGGAGGAGAUCGGCCAACAACAAUUCGUCGACAAAUGCCAGAGACGACAUGUUAUUAGUACAGAGUAUACAGAUAACUGAUAAAUUCGGAUUCGGUGCACAACAAGCAUCGCCUGAAAUGAAACCGGCCGAUACCACUACAAAUUACGUUAAACAUCAAGAUUUCAAUUUCGACAACUUGUGCGUUAACCUAUUCGGCGUUAUCAUAUCCUGUAUGGUAUUUCUGGCUGUUCAAGUAGCUGUGCUCAUAGCUUGGGCUUACGUGUGGAACCGCAAAAGGCCUAUGGACCCAUACCACCACCACCAUGACGGUAUGUCGGUUAGCAUGAGCAUACCAGUAGGACGGACGGACAGCAUGUGCAAAUUGUACGACACAGGGUACGCGAAACGGUACUGACGAGACACAAAGCUUUGAUAGAUAGUUUGCCAUGACAGAUUUUUUUUUUUUACCUUGAUUUAAUUAAGUAUACAAAUAACUGAUAUUUGUUAAACGUACUACGAUAAUCGAUAGCACGAUACUUUUCUUCGUAAUUAACACGCUGCGCUCAAUAACAUCCUAAACGAUUUCGAUGUGUGCGACAUAAUUCUACGCGCAUCACCGUAAUACUAAUUAUAGGCUUCUUAAAUUUAAUUCUCAAGUCAAAGUUGUUUGAUAAUAUGAUAGCUGACUAUCGUUAUAAUCAAAAAUAUAAAAGUACUUUAUUCGUUAAAAAAAAAAAAGUCACUAUCGAUUUUGUUUAUAUAAAACUAUUGCAACGUUAUUUAACGUUUUAGUUAAAAUUUUCAUGAUUUUAAUCUAACAAAAAUUAUCUAAUAAGAGAUUCUUAUUGAUUUAAGUCUCUAUUUUUGUUAGUCGAGGUACUUAAACAGUAACUUACUGAAAAUAUUUUCGAAAACGUGUAAUAUAAAUUCUUAUUGAAAAUUUAUUUAUUUUCAACAGUACCUCAAUUACUAUACUAAACUAUUAACUUAAAAGUUCUCUUAAUUUAAAAUUAUUAUUAGCGAACCAACUUAAAUUAUAAUAGAAUUAAUAAGUUUUGGCAUGUAAGUUUAUAAAAGGCUGAAACGUAUAUGAUUUUUCCGACGACGCAGUCAAUUUGUAAAUUUUAUUUAAUUUAGAUAUGCUUGGAAAAAUGUAACGUUGUCGGAAUCUUGUUUACGUUUCUUAAAGCUUAAUUUUGACAUAUUUUUUUAUUUAUUUGUCGCACGUACAAUAAAGGAUAUAGCAAAAAAAAAAAAAUCUUAUAAAAUCUUCACAUUUUAUCCAACAAUUAGUAGACCAAACUAAUAAAAAAAAAAAAAAUUGUCAAAAAUAUAUCUUUAAGUAAUUAAUUAUAAGUAUCUACUCGUUUGUACUUUGAAUUUAUUUUGUACUUCAAUAUUUAAUAUUUAUUAUAUUAGUCCUAUGAAUUAUAAGCAUAAAGAACAUUUUUGAUACUAAUUUAAUGCAAUAUUAUUUCGUAAGGUAAACAUAAAAUAAAUAAUAAGCAAUAUUU